GUUAUCGAUACUUUUUUGACAUCAGCCCCGCUGCGUGAUAUGUCAAAUUUGCAGAAAAUCUUCGAGCACUCGGCGCCAUUUUUCUGCUUAUAAACGGUUUUUGUGUUUUGCAAUUUUGGAUUGGGAGUAAUUGUGAUAAAAAAUUAAAGAAUUUGUAUAAAUUUCGCCGUUAGUUGGGAAACAAAAUGUUUGGGGGAACUAAACCCACGUUCGGCACCACUACUGCUGGUACUGGUUUUGGUGGCUUCAGCAGCACGACCACCUCUUCACCCUUCGGCCAAUCUGCGUUUGGAAAGCCGGCCACGUCCGCCUUCGGCGCUGCACCAGCUUUUGGAACACAACAGCAAACACCUUCAUUGUUUGGUGCAAGUACUGCCCAACCACAAUCAACGGGCUUAUUUGGCGCCGCAAACACUACUUCGGCCUUCGGGAGUACUACAACGGCCCAACCUGCAUUUGGAGGUUUCCAGCAACCAACUCAAGGUGCAUCGAUGUUUGGGACUUCUCAACCCGCAGCCAAUACAAACUCUCUUUUUGGACAGUCAACGACAUCAGCAUUUGGGUCCGCAGUAAAGCCCGGCACGUUAGGUGGCUUUGGUCAGACUGCUGCACAACCAACAUCUUCCUUGUUCGGGCAGCCAGCAGCCGCCACUAACACCACCAGCUUUGGUUCCUUUGGACAGACCCAGCCUACUACGAGCAAUGUGUUUGGUACUGGAGCUACCAUGAUGAUGGGAGCCAAUGCAGGCACGUCCAUUGCAAAAUAUCAACCCACAAUUGGCACAGAUACACUCAUGAAAGGUGGUCAACCAAAUAAUGUUAACACCAAACAACAUUGUAUAACAGCAAUGAAAGAAUAUGAGGGCAAAUCACUGGAAGAGUUACGUUUAGAAGAUUAUAUGGCAAACCGGAAAGGACCACAAGCCGGCACCUCUGGCGCCAGUUCGGGAUUCUUUGGCUCAACCACUCAACAAGCAGCCACAGGUACUGGACUAUUCGGUGCAGCUGCCCAACCAACUACUGGACUUUUUGGUCAAUCAGCGGCUGCGACAACGGAAAACAAAGGCUUAUUUGGCGCUGGUGCUUUUGGACAACCUAAUACUUCUGCGUUCGGUGCAACCACGCAGCAGAACAGCUUUUUGGCCAAGCCAUUUGGUGCUCCUGCUACUAGUGGCUUUGGUGCAGCGACAACAGACUCGUCAAAUUUAUUUGGCGCUAAACCAGCCUUCGGACAGACGCAACCAAGUUUGUUUGGACAAACCUCAACUGCAACCACAGCACCAGCAUUUGGUCAGGCGGCCCCCGGUUUUGGCGGCUUUGGCGCGGCAGCUCCUGCGCAACAAACAUCGCUCUUCGGAGCGCCAGCUGCCGAUGCCAAUAAACCGGCAUUUGGGCUAGGUACAUCAUCAGCGGGAACCACUGGCUUUGGCGGUUUCGGUAACGCAGCGACAAGUACUGCGGGAACAGGACUAUUCGGUUCGAAACCUGCCACAACUGGCUUCGGUGGGGCUCCUGCUUUUGGUGCAACUUCUACUGCUAAUACCGGUUUUACAAAUUUUUCGCUUGGAAACACCGGUGGAGGGCUCUUUAAUUCAUCGAUUAAGCCGGCCACCUCUGGUUUUGGUGGAUUUGGAACACAAACUUCUACCGCACCAUUGAAUUUCAAUCCUGGUACUGCUGCGCCUUCGGUUUUUGGUAGCUCUGCUGCGAAGCCUGGCGGCCUGUUUGGCUCGUCUCUCGGCCAAGGCGCUACAAACACCGCUGGCGGACUUUUUGGUGGUGGUGGGGCAUUUGGUACAGGUGCCACACUUGGUGGAGGUUUCGGUUCGAGUACACUUGGGGGCGGUAAUAUGUCACUUGGUGGCCUUGGUGGCAGCCAACAACAGCAACCAGCACCGAUUCAUCAACAAAUUCUGGCAAGAGUAACCUCACCAUAUGGCGAUAAUCCGAUAUUCAAAGAUUUGAAAAGGACCGACGAAACAGAUGCCACGCGCGCCACAAAUCCUGCGGCACAAAAAGCCAUUAUGGAGUCAACAAUGAGUCAAUUUAAGGUAUCCACCCGAUCCAGUCCAAGCGUUGUUCGCGUGAAACCAAUUACAAGCGCACUUACGAAAAAAUCCCUCUUCGAAGGACUUGAGGAGUUCGACUCGAGUGUGGAGACUUUCAGUUUAAAACCAAAUGCGAAACGUCUAAUAAUAAAACCCAAGCCGGCCAAUACGAUUAUUGGCACUACCGCGAAUACCAGUCCUAAUAGGCAACCUGGAUUGCAAGACUCAUCAUUAACAAACGUUGGGCAACGCCAAACAGGUGGUCUAGCACAAUCGCCGGCUCCGUCGACGCUACGUAACGAAUCAUUCUCGGGACAAAUACCGCUUGAUCCACCACCGUCACAGGUUGCUAAGUCCAGCGCAAACAUUGCUGCUUCCACUGCGGCUCAAAGUGGGCGAGAGAGCGAUAUUGGACGGCGUGAAUCUUGGCUGCAUCCCAAUAACGUGGAGAAAAUGCGUCAACAAAAUAUGAAUAAUAGUAUCGAUGGCGCUGUGCCGCUUAACAGUACACUAUCGGAAUUAGUGCCUCGCAAGCCUCUGGAUACGUAUCGCUCAACGGGCGCUGGUGCACCGGGCACUCCAACCGGUCGACCUUCUGUCUCCACCGUGCAAGAAAAUACGUUCGAGGAGCAAACUAGUCGCGAAUCAUCUCGCCGCGAAGCAUCUGAUCAUCAUGAUGAAACGUUGUUCUCCAGUCGUUCAUACGGUGGCGAGGAGCGCUCUAUAAUCGAAGAAACAACAGGAGAUUACGAAGAACAUCCCACCGGUAUAACAUUGAGACGAAUCGGUUACUACACAAUUCCUUCAUUGGACGAUCUUAAAUCAUAUCUUGCCGAGGACGGCUCGUGUAUUGUACCCAAUUUCACUGUAGGACGCGAGGGCUAUGGUAAUGUUUACUUCGGAAAAGAAAUGGACGUGGCUGGAUUGAACUUGGAUGAAAUAGUACAUUUUCGUAAUAAGGAAAUUAUCAUCUAUCCCGACGAUGAUAAUAAACCGCCAGUUGGCAGUGGUUUGAACCGUGAAGCGCAAGUAACGUUGGAUCAAGUUUGGCCGCACGACAAAACCAAGCACGAACCUAUUAAGGAUCCUGCACGUUUGGCUGAUAUGGAUUGGGAAGGAAAAUUGCGACGAGUUUGUGACAAAAAUGAUACACGCUUCAUUGAAUAUCGUCCGGAGACGGGAAGUUGGGUAUUCCGCGUAAAGCAUUUCUCUAAAUAUGGUCUCAAUGACAGUGAUGAGGAGGACGAAGCUGUGCCAACUGAUCCGAAAAAAGCAAAAAUGGGCAUGACUGGGACACUAGGUGCCACAGCAGUGGGGGGUGGCCAGAGCGCAAUGACCAACGCAACUGCGUCGGAUAAAAUANGCAAAAAUGAUACACGCUUCAUUGAAUAUCGUCCGGAGACGGGAAGUUGGGUAUUCCGCGUAAAGCAUUUCUCUAAAUAUGGCCUCAAUGACAGUGAUGAGGAGGACGAAGCUGUGCCAACUGAUCCGAAAAAAGCAAAAAUGGGCAUGACUGGGGCACUUGGUGCCACAGCAAUGGGGGGUGGCCAGAGCGCAAUGACCAACGCAACUGCGUCGGAUAAAAUAACGAUGACUGCAUUGAAAAAUGCUCAAAAGAUCUCUGAAGAUGCUGCUCGAGCGCUCGAUCCAAAAAGCCUCGCAGGGGGAGCGGCACAUUUUUUACCAAUGGAUGAAUCUGCAGAUUUCAUGCUAAUGGAUAAGACACAAUUUCUACAGGCCAAUGGAAAUGACUACUCCCUAUACGAGCAACAACAAAUUCCGCGUGUGACCAGUCCAACUGCCUUUUUAGCUCGAGAGGUUGGCACUGAUUCUCAUAAGCUGCAGUUAAUGAAGGCUUCAUUCUUUGGUGACGAUGACUUUGACAAUAAAUCAGUUACCACUGUUGAAGAAUUUGAAAAGAAUAAUUAUUACAAUAGCAAUCAAAGUCGCCGUGCUGGUUCAUUUGCCAAAAGAGUUCAAGACGUGCACACUUCCUCGCAAUCGCUCUGGAAGGAGCCUGGCCACGGUGCUGCUCUUUCGGACGCAUCGAGUCAACUAGAUUUUGUUGUGCAGGCGUCACCUCUGCCGCCCUCAUCUUCUGCUUCAGUUAUGAGCAUAAUGCGUGAAAUUGACACUGAGGCAUCCACUCCGGCACUUGUCGGCGAUGCGGCAGCUGUGGCACAACUCUCCAAAAUACCACAAUUUUCUGUAAAGCCGAAAGUGGCAGGCGUUAAGGUGGUAGCACACCAGGUGCCAAUUACAAAGUCGUUGGCUUUUAAUUUAAAGGGUAGGUGGGCAGCAGAUUUGGGAUUAUAUAAUUUUCGCCGUUUCAAGCCGACUUUUGGGCCGCAGAAUACUGUAAUCGUACCAUCCACACGCAAAAAUGUCGACCAUGAAGUGCAAAAUGAACAUCUCUUCGAUGUAUCGGCUUACAUAUUUAAAGGCCGAGCCGCAAAUGAUUACACCGCCACCAUACUACAACACGUAAAAAUAUCUUCAGUAAUGCAUUAUGNACACUUCAAGGAGAGUAUUGUAACUCACUUGGAACUGCAAUUGCGUAAUUCAUUGCAAGAAGACGUUGAAGGUAGUGAAUGUCCUUGGAUAAAGUCCGACAACGGCACCGAUUUGAUUGUGAAGCAUCUGGAUGAAGCCAUCAAGCAAAUUAAUCUUGGCCCAUUGGAGGAAUAUGCGGUCUCAGUGUGGUCGCUUUGCUUGGCUUUGUGGGGCGAUCAUGAAGAGCUUGAGGGACGUGAGCCAACGUCACACUUCACAAUAAUGUGCCGCCGAAAUUUACUUUCUGAGUGGAUGGAGAAUACCUUGACCGAUAAGGACUUGUUAACGAAGAAUGUCUCCAAGCACACCUAUCUGGAUCAUUUGUUAGAACUUGUGAUGUGCCACAAGGUGACGGAAGCUUGCGAGUUGGCCUUUCGAUAUGACGACGCGAAUCUGGCACUGUUGCUGUCACAACUUUCUUCGGGGCCCACCGUGCGUCAACUUUUAGAAGACCAGUUGGCUGCUUGGCAUAAGGAUGAAGCUGACAAAUUUAUACAAUUGGAGCGCUUAAAGCUAUAUAUGCUGGUCGCCGGAGUUGCGCUUAUGGACUCGGGGCACGGUCCCAUCAAUACCUUAGAUGGCAUUGAAUGGACAAAAGUGCUAGCACUUCAACUAUGGUACCUUUCGUCGCCCACUGCAUCUAUUACCGAUGCGCUAUUAGCCUAUGAAAAAUCUUUUAAAUCGGAAGAAUUCUACUCUUUGCCACCAACACCCUGCUAUAUGGAUAAGACGUGUCUGAAUGAAAAGUAUGCGCUCUACGACUUGCGCUACCAUUUGCUGCAGUUGUUCUCCAAACGUAGUCAUCCGCUGGAGAGUUUGCUCAAUCCAGCAACUCAUACAGCUGAUCCGAUGGAUUAUCGCUUGAGUUGGCUUCUGCUUCAAACAUUGGAGGCAAUUGGAUACCGACACUGCUCAAUUUUAAGUGAAAGCCAAUUGCAUGUAGGCUUUGCAAGUCAGUUAGAAAAUUACGAUCUAUGGGAAUGGGCUACAUUCGUUCUUUUGCAUAUAAAAGACCGUAAUCAAAGAGAGUUGUCAGUGCAAAAUAUGCUCUAUCGUUAUGUUAGUGUUUCAAAAGAUGUUUCAUUGUCGGAUAAGGAAAAGUUUGUAAUAAAUAAUUUGGGAGUACCGGAGAAAUGGAUUGAUUAUGCGAAGGCAGUGAAGGCGGGCGCCAUUGGCAAUCAUCAUUUGCAAGCGAAAUACCUGUUAAAGGCAAAGCAGUGGGCAUUGGCACAUGAAGUUAUAUUCCAGCACAUUGCACCCGAUGCAAUCAUUAAUGAUAAUCUCGACUAUUUGCACAAAUUGCUGAGUCAGUUCGAGGGUGCCGAGGCCAACAAAACCAUAAAAGUACCGAAUUGGUCUAAUCAAGGACAAAUAUUCUUAGACUUUAUCGAUAUCAACGAAAAAUUCAAGAGCUUAAAGACACUCAAGACCGAGGCGGAUAUAGAAGCACGCUGGGAGAAUUUGAAGCCACAAUUGGCUGACUUAUGUUCCCGCAUUAAUUUGUUGCCCUGCCCCACGGCUAAACAUCGCCUGUGUCAAAGUGAAAUCGCGCAAAAUUUGGCUUGCCUAGUGCGCGGUGUAUUGCUCGUCUGUCCAGUGUUGAAUCCGUGUUUGAUCAUAAAAAUUGCACUGGAACGUCUGCCAUUGCCACAAGAAUUCGCGCAACAAGAGCUGCGGGCGCUGCUCGACACAUUGGUCGAUGACUUGGCCAAAGUGAAUACGAGCGAAAAUAAUGAAAUAAUCAUGGCAAAAUGACAUUGAAUAUGCGUUGUAUUAAAGUAAAAAAAAAAAAUAGUUAUUGUUUAUUUUAGGGAAAAACAGGAUUAGAAUGAAAGCAGUUUUGAGUUGUAAAUUUAAGAUAACUGCACUAAGGUGAUCUACAAAACUUAUUACUGGCAAAUAUUAAAGUCGAUUACUUCUAAGUCGGAGUAGAUUAUUAGUUCAUGUAAACUGAAUUAGCUUUUGGACAAUAUCAUUAAAUUCUAAGUUCUUUGUAUACUUGUCUGCACGAUAGUUCCACCUACCGGACACUGCUAAUUACUUUGGUUUAGAUGUAAAUGACUUCUUUACUUGCAUUAAUAUGUUCUUGAACCUUAUAAAGUGAGAAUAAAAAUUGAGCCUCUGGUCUUUCAUCUUUAGUCAUUAACGUUAACGUUUAAUGUAAGAAUUCAUUUCGUUUAUUUUUUUAUUGAAAAAUGCAUAUUUCCGUAAAAAUCUGUUAUGGUCCACCGCAAUUCGUACAAUUUGUUUACUUUUGAAUAUAGUUUAGUGUAAAAUUUCAAUAUAACUAAUAAAAAUUAUAAUCACCGUUCA